UGUUCUUUCCAGCGGUAUGGAUGUGGGCAUUCGCAAGUCGGGUUAAAUAUCUUUUCGUUCUUUCCAUAUUGGGAUCCAUAACCAUUUAGACUGAGUUGAUUCACGUUAAAAGUUAAUAAACUGUCUAAUAUCACAAUGGCAGAAGAAACCGACCGUAUGGACGUGGAUAGUGGUAUGUACCAUAAAGCUGAUGUUGUGGUAGCACCACCUGUAACAUCCAAUACUGAUGAUACAGUAAGGAGUAAGAGUUCCAAACCGAGAUUUGAAGUUAAGAAAUGGACCGCCGUUGGGUUCUGGUCUUGGGAUAUUCAAAUUGAAAAUUGUGCUAUUUGCAGAAAUCAUUUGAUGGAGCCAUGUAUUGAAUGUCAACCAAAUGCACCUGGUUCUGGUCAAGAUGAAUGUAUCGCUGCUUGGGGUACUUGUAAUCAUGCUUUUCAUAUGCAUUGUAUUAAAAGAUGGCUACAGACGAGAAAUGCUUGUCCGUUAGAUAAUACUCCUUGGGAAUAUCAAAAAUUUGGUAAAUGAGUAUUAUUUAUAAUUGUUGCUAUUCUUACUUUUCAAUUCUUAUGUUCGUGAUGAUAUAAUUAUUUAUAUUGAUUAUCGAUUAUAUCAAAUAUAUCAAAUAUAUAUUUGU